AAACACAAGCACAGUGUCGGUUACACGGACAAUCCCAGGCAGAAUUGCAUCGAGCAAUCAGAGGCACAAAUGCCUGGAAAAUCAGAGGCACAAAUGCCUGGAAAAUCAGAGGCACAAAUGCCUGGAAAAUCAGAGGCACAAAUGCCAGGAAAAUCAGAGGCACAAAUGCCAGGAAAAUCAGAGGCACAAAUGCCAGGAAAAUCAGAGGCACAAAUGCCAGGAAAAUCAGAGGCACAAAUGCCAGGAAAAUCAGAGGCACAAAUGCCAGGAAAAUCAGAGGCACAAAUGCCAGGAAAAUCAGAGGCACAAAUGCCAGGAAAAUCAGAGGCACAAAUGCCAGGAAAAUCAGAGGCACAAAUGCCAGGAAAAUCAGAGGCACAAAUGCCAGGAAAAUCAGAGGCACAAAUGCCAGGAAAAUCAGAGGCACAAAUGCCAGGAAAAUCAGAGGCACAAAUGCCAGGAAAAUCAGAGGCACAAAUGCCAGGAAAAUCAGAGGCACAAAUGCCAGGAAAAUCAGAGGCACAAAUGCCAGGAAAAUCAGAGGCACAAAUGCCAGGAAAAUCAGAGGCACAAAUGCCAGGAAAAUCAGAGGCACAAAUGCCAGGAAAAUCAGAGGCACAAAUGCCAGGAAAAUCAGAGGCACAAAUGGAUAUUAAACAGCGUCUUGGAGAAGAGGAGCCCAGCAGCCAGCACCGAGCACCCAGCAGCCAGCAGCCAGCACCUGGCACCCAGCAGCCAGCAGCCAGCAGCCAGCACCGAGCACCCAGCAGCCAGCAGCCAGCAGCCGGCACCCAGCAGCCAGCACCGAGCACCCAGCAGCCGGCACCCAGCAGCCAGCAGCCAGCACCCGGCACCCAGCAGCCAGCAGCCAGCACCCUGCACCCAGCAGCCAGCAGCCAGCACCUGGCACCCAGCAGCCAGCAGCCGGCACCCAGCAGCCAGCAGCCAGCAGCCGGCACCCAGCAGCCAGCAGCCGGCAGCCAGCAGCCAGCAGCCGGCACCCAGCAGCCAGCAGCCAGCACCCGACACCCAGCAGCCAGCAGCCAGCAGCCGGCACCCAGCAUCCAGCAGCCGGCACCCAGCAUCCAGCAGCCAGCACCCGGCAGCCAGCAGCCAGCAGCCGGCAGCCAGCAGCCAGCAGCCGGCAGCCAGCAGCCAGCAGCCGGCACCCAGCAGCCAGCACCCAGCAGCCAGCAGCCAGCACCCGGCAGCCGGCAGCCAGCAGCCAGCAGCCGGCAGCCGGCAGCCGGCAGCCGGCAGCCGGCAGCCAGCAGCCGGCAGCCGGCAGCCAGCAGCCAGCACCCGGCAGCCAGCAGCCAGCAGCCAGCACCCAGCAGCCAGCACCCGGCACCCGGCACCCAGCAGCCAGCACCCGGCACCCAGCAGCCAGCACCCGGCACCCAGCAGCCAGCAGCCAGCACCCGGCACCCAGCAGCCAGCACCCGGCACCCAGCAGCCAGCAGCCGGCACCCAGCAGCCAGCAGCCGGCACCCAGCAGCCAGCACCCAGCAGCCAGCAGCCAGCACCCAGCAGCCAGCACCGAGCACCCAGCAGCCAGCACCCGGCAUCCAGCAGCCAGCACCCGGCACCCAGCAGCCAGCAGCCAGCACCCGGCACCCAGCAGCCAGCAGCCGGCACCCAGCAGCCAGCAGCCAGCACCCGGCAUCCAGCAGCCAGCACCCAGCAGCCAGCAGCCAGCACCCAGCAGCCAGCACCGAGCACCCAGCAGCCAGCAGCCAGCACCCGGCACCCAGCAGCCAGCAGCCGGCACCCGGCACCCAGCAGCCAGCACCCGGCACCCAGCAGCCAGCACCCGGCACCCAGCAGCCAGCAGCCAGCAGCCAGCACCCGGCAUCCAGCAGCCAGCACCCAGCAGCCAGCAGCCAGCAGCCAGCACCGAGCACCCAGCAGCCAGCAGCCAGCACCGAGCACCCAGCAGCCAGCAGCCAGCAGCCGGCACCCAGCAGCCAGCAGCCAGCAGCCGGCAGCCAGCAGCCGGCAGCCAGCAGCCAGCAGCCAGCAGCCAGCACCCAGCAGCCAGCACCGAGCACCCAGCAGCCAGCACCCAGCAGCCAGCACCCAGCAGCCAGCAGCCAGCAGCCAGCACCGAGCACCCAGCAGCCAGCACCCGGCACCCAGCAGCCAGCACCCGGCACCCGGCAGCCAGCACCCAGCAGCCAGCAGCCAGCACCCGGCACCCAGCAGCCAGCACCCAGCAGCCAGCACCGAGCACCCAGCAGCCAGCACCCAGCAGCCAGCACCCAGCAGCCAGCAGCCAGCACCCGGCACCCAGCAGCCAGCACCCAGCAUCCAGCAGCCAGCACCCAGCAGCCAACAGCCAGCAUCCAGCAGCCAGCACCCAGCAGCCAGCAGCCAGCAUCCAGCAGCCAGCAGCCAGCAUCCAGCAGCUGUAAUAUCGCGCCGAGCCCUGCACCUCUGAGUCUCCCCUGGGCCAUAGCCACUCUGCCAUAG